UAAGCAUGGAAGAUUAUUAUCAGGAAAAAUGAAAAAGGGGCCACCCGGGUGUUUAUAGAAAGUGAGAGAGAAAGCUGUAGAGUUGGGUUUGUUUUGGAUUUGUUGGUUUUUAAGCAUCUGGAGGUGGGGAGUGAAUGGUGGUGGUGGAGUUUGGUAGGGUUAUUUGGGUGAGCUUCUGUUGGAGGUGGAUGAGUUAAGAGAAAAAAAUGCGCAAGUCUUUCAAGGAUUCCCUGAAGGCCCUCGAAGCUGAUAUUCAGUUUGUAAAUACCCUGGCUUCUGAUUAUCCGAGGGAAUACGAUGGUGCCUGCCUUCAGAUGAGAUUAUCCUACUGUCCAGCUUCUCAGUUUUUUCUCUUUCUUGUUCAGUGGACUGAUUGUCACCUUGCUGGUGCCUUGGGAUUGCUUAGGGUUCUUAUAUUCAAGGCUUAUCAAGAUGGGAAGACCACCAUGUAUACUCAUGAAAGGAAAGCCAGUCUAAAAGAGUUCUACGGUGUGAUAUUUCCUUCUUUAUUGCAACUUCAAAGAGGAAUCACUGAUGUAGAAGAGAGGAAACAAAGAGAAAUUUGUGCCACCAAAUACAAGAGAAAGGAUGACUCGGAAAAAGGAAAGCUCUCUGAAAUUGAUUUAGAGAGAGAAGAAGAAUGUGGUAUUUGCAUGGAGAUGAACAGCAAGGUCGUGUUGCCCAUUUGCAGUCACUCAAUGUGUAUGAAGUGCUACCGAAAUUGGCGUGCACGAUCGCAGUCAUGCCCCUUUUGCCGGAAUAGUCUCAGCAGAGUCGACUCCGAUGACCUUUGGAUCUGCAUCAGUCGCUGUGAAAUUGUUGACUUGUCCUCGAUCUCCAAGGAGAACUUGAAGAGACUUUUUAUGUACAUUGAUAAACUGCCUCUCAUUGUUCCAGAUCCUACAUUUAUUUCUUAUGAUCCUCAUCACCGUUGACUUAGUUAUCUGCAGGGGCUGGGAACAUCGUGUACAUAAUACCUAGUUGAUUGUAUAUAAUUCUUCUCUUCCAAGAAGCAUUUGAAACUGUAAAUCGUUUUCAGCACAACUCAACAGUAAAUUAUUUGAUUUCAUUUUUUCUUCA